CUUUUUGUCCCCUUGUCUUUCGUUUUAGAACGUUUCUUGAACAAAAGUAUUUGUUACAGAAUGACAAAAGAAAAAGCUGACGUGCCGUAUGAUUGCGCUUUAUGGUUGUUCAAUGUCAUGUUAGAUGUCUUUUUUCGAGAGAUCAGACCAAGAGGAUCGCAUAAGAUACCCAAAGAUGGACCUUUGAUAUUCGUUGCAGCACCUCAUGCCAAUCAAUUCGUGGACCCACUCAUUGUCAUGAGGGAAUGUGGCAGAAGAGUCUCCUUUCUCAUUGCAGCCAAGUCAUUAAAGCAAAAAACGGUAGGCUUUUUUUCAAAGCUCAUUCAUCCUAUUCCUGUGAUGAGACCUCAGGACCUUGCUGAAGCGGGUCACGGUCGAAUACAUCUUUUGAACCCGAAAACCGACCCAUUGCGUAUUCAUGGCGAAGAUACCCAAUUUACAACGCAACUUCAGCCAUCCGAUUCCCUCAUUCUUCCCCGAAAUUCAGGUCGACUUCAAGUGGCCCACAUCCUAUCUGAUACCGAACUAUUACUGAAAAAACCUCUCGGGUGUACCAAAGAAGAGGAUAAAAUCGCGCUUAAACAUUUGACACGCCCUUCCGGUUCAGCUUACAAAUGCUUACCCCACAUUGAUCAAGACGGUGUUUACGAGCGUGUGUAUGAAGAGCUCAACAAUGGCAAAUGUAUCACCAUCUUUCCGGAAGGAGGCAGUCAUGAUCGACUGGAGAUGCUACCUUUCAAAGCCGGAGUGACCAUCAUGGCCUUAGGCGCCAUGGCCAAAUAUCCCGGUUUGGACGUCAAGAUUGUGCCGUGUGGUCUCAACUAUUUUCACCCUCAUCGCUUUCGUUCACGCGCCGUCAUUGAAUUUGGCAAACCCAUCACGAUCUCUGCCGAUCUUGUCGAGCAGUUCAAGGAGGGUGGACAAGCGAAAAGAGAAGCGUGCGCCAAGUUGUUGGACACCAUUUUUUAUGCUUUGAAAGCAGUAACGGUCAACGUACCCAACGAUCAAACAUUGAUGGUCAUUCAGGCGAUGCGUCGACUGUAUAAGCCUGCUGCAGCCAAGCAAGGAAGACUCCACAUCGCUCAAGUGGUGGAUUUGAAUCGUCGCUUUGUGAUUGGAUACAAUUUGUAUAAGGAUGAUCCGCGUGUCGUGGAUUUACAACAAAAAGUACUAGCGUAUAAUCAGCUGCUAAAGUAUCACGGGCUGAGAGACCAUCAGGUGCCCGAAAUCAAUUUAAGAGGAAUGAGGACAUUUUGUUUAUUAUGGUACCGCAUAGGUUUAUUGCUCGUUUGGGGUUUAUUGGCCUUUCCUGGUGCCAUAUUGAAUUUACCGAUCGUUAUUACUGCCAAAGUAAUCAGUACAAGAAAAGCCAAGGAAGCAUUAGCAUCUUCAUCGGUGAAAAUUAGAGGAAGAGACGUGUUAGCAACAUGGAAAUUUAUUGUGGGAUUAGUAUUGAUACCAACACUUUAUGCCUUAUAUACCCUGGUUGUCUUUUGGUAUUGCGUGCGAUCAGAGUUUGGCUGGUCCCAAACAAUUCUCUAUCCAUUAUUGACAUGGACAUUAUUACCUUAUAUCAGUUAUGCCUCGAUGAGAUUUGCAGAAAAUGGUGUAGACGUGUUCAAAUCACUUCGUCCACUCUAUCUUGCUUUAGUGGAUCCUGAUAGCUCAGCUAAUUUACGUCGCAUAAGAGAAAAGUUAUCUCAAGAUAUUACAGCAGUGAUCGAUGAAAUCGGACCCAAAGUAUUUAGCGAUUUUGACUCUCGUGAAGUAUUUAGAAGCGACAGCACGAGUCAAGAGGCUGUGUCGGAAUUAGCAGAGGGACGAAGGACAUUUUCUCAAAUUGCGGGUGAAUUUUUGACAGGCACAGCCAAUGUACUCUUGAGUGACAGAAAUAUCUUUAACUGGACCAAACAAGAAGAAGAGACCGAUUCAGAUGAGAUGCUGUAUUUUUAUGAUAGUAAAACAGCAGGUACAACCAAUAACACUUCAGCCUCUGCUAGCGAUGUUGAGACGCCAGCACCCUCCACUUCAGAGCAUCAUGGAGAGCUUAAAAAGACGCUUUAAAAAUAACCGAUG